CAGCCUGAGCUCGCGCUGCGGAAAGACCAAAAACAAACUUUGUUUUAUUUUAAUUUAAGUUUAUUUAAAAUUUCUGUUUUUUUUUCAUUGAUCUGUUUUCCCGGGAAACUGACGUCAGACAGGUGGACACCGGCACGCGACGCUGCGGAGCGCGAGAUCUGCUGCUCGUGCAACGCGGAAGUUGGAAGUUGAUCAGUGAUGAAGAGGAGCCGUGUGCUGGCGGUGUUGGUGGGCGGGGUCUUCAUCGUGGCGCUGACGUCACUGUACCGGAUGUUGGAGCUGAUGCAGGGGGCGGAGCUUCGGCAGCAGGAAGCGCCACCUGCCGGACAGGUGGAGGAGGAUUUGUCCCGCCUCCAGCAGAAGAUUGACAGGUUGGAGCGUCUCCUUAGCGACAACAACCGGCUGGUUGCUACGCUGCGUGACUCUCUGCUUCAACGCAAAGCAUCAUGGGAAGCGGGAGGAAAGGCCAAUGGGAGCUCAGGCUCCGCCCCCCAGCCCCCGCUGCCUGGCUGCCGAUUGGCUGAAGAGACGAAGGGCGGGACUGACGGAGUGCAGCUGCUGGACGUGUACGACCUGCUGCCCUUUAACAACCCCGACGGCGGCGCCUGGAAACAGGGCUUUCAGAUCAGUUACCGCGGCAACGAGUGGGACGAGCAGCCGCUGGAGCUCUUCCUGGUUCCUCACUCACACAACGACCCCGGCUGGUUGAAGACCUUUGAUAAUUAUUAUCAGGAUCAGACGAAACACAUUCUCAACAACAUGGUGGUCAAACUCUCAGAGGACAGCAGGAGGAAGAUGGUGUGGGCGGAGGUCAGUUAUUUCUCUAAGUGGUGGGCGGAGCAGGACGAGCAGAAGAGAGCGAUGGUGAAACGGCUGGUGGGGGCGGGACAGCUGGAGCUGGUGACGGGCGGCUGGGUGAUGGCUGACGAGGCCAACUCUCAUUACUACGCUCUCCUGGAUCAGCUGAUCGAAGGCCACCAAUGGCUGCAGAGACACCUGGGUGUGAAGCCUCGCUCUGGUUGGUCGAUCGAUCCGUUUGGCCACUCCCCCUCUAUGACGUACCUGUUGAAGGGGGCGGGGCUAAGUCACAUGCUCAUCCAGCGCGUUCACUACGCUGUGAAGAAACAUUUCGCCCAGCAACAGACACUCGAGUUUCUAUGGCGACAGAGCUGGGACUCCUCCCCCCGCAGUGACAUCACGUGUCACAUGAUGCCGUUCUACAGCUACGACGUUCCGCACACGUGCGGUCCGAACCCGGCAGUCUGUUGUCAGUUCGACUUCCUGCGUCUGCCGGGGGGGCGGGUCUUCUGCCCCUGGAGGAUCCCGCCGCAGCCAAUCACAGAGCAGAACGUCAAAGAGCGAGCUCACCUCCUAUUGGACCAGUACCGGCAGAAGUCCCGCCUCUUCCGCUCCAACGUGCUCCUCGUUCCCCUCGGCGACGACUUCCGAUUCGUCGAGGCCGGCGAAUGGGACGCUCAGUUCCAGAACUACCAGAAACUGUUCGACUACUUCCGGGAACACCCGGAGCUGAAGAUCCAGGCUCGGUUCGGGACUCUGUCGGAUUAUUUCGAGGCGUUGUCGCGGCGACUCAGCGAGUCGGGAACCAAACUGCCGACGGUCCGCGGCGACUUCUUCACGUACGCAGACCGAGACGAUCACUACUGGAGCGGAUACUUCACGUCCAGACCGUUCUACAAGCGGCUCGACCGCACGCUGGAGUCCACGCUCAGAGCGACAGAAAUCCUCUUCAGCCUCACGCUGGCGGAGAUGCGUCGUUUCCAUGGCGACGGUCGCCCGGUCGCCGAGUUCCCGGCACGUGAACACUUCGGUCAGCUGACGGCGGGGAGGCGGAACCUGGCACUGUUCCAGCACCACGACGCCGUCACCGGCACGGCCCGCGACUCCGUGGUAGUCGACUACGGAACCAGACUGUUUCGUUCCAUCCUGAAACUGCGACAGGUGCUGCAGAGCUCCGCCCACUGGCUGCUCCUAUUGGACAAGAGCCAGUACCACCACGACCAAUCAAAGCCCUUCCUGCAAACGGAUGAUGUCAUCGCGGCGCAGGACGCUCUGCCUCAGAAAACGCCGCUGACGCUCAGCAACGAGCCACGGUCGUUGAUCAUCUUCAACCCGACUGAGCAGCUUCGUGAGUCCGUCAUCAGCGUCGUCGUGGAUACGCCAGAUGCUCAAGUGGUAGACGCGGAGACGGGUCGGCCAAUGGCUGCGCAGAUCUCUGCGGUGUGGGCGGAGCCAAGCAGAGCGUCUACGGAAGCUUUCCAGCUCUCAUUCGUCGCUGAACUUCCUCCUCUGGCGCUCGUCGUGUAUCAUGUGACCAAAGCUCCAGCUGGCUCCGCCCACCGUGCUCACUACACCUUCGUGCACGGCGAGCCGGCGAGCGUGCACGCUGAGCACUUCCAGGUGUCCCACCCCACCGGAGCCGAGGCCGACGCCCCCCUGUCGCUUAGCAACAAGCACGUCCAAAUAUGGAGCUCCGCAAAGACCGGCCUGCUGCAGAAGCUGCGGCUGUCGUCCGGUCUGGUCCGGCAGGUCCAGGUCCAGUUCUUGUGGUACGGAACCAGAACCGGAGCGAACCGGGACAAGAGCGGAGCGUACCUGUUCCUGCCGGGGGAGCCGGCCCAGCCCUACUCCCCCGCUGAGCCCCCCCUCAUCCGGGUUUCCAGGGGAACUGUCUUCUCUGACAUCACUUCCUGUUUCCGGCACUUCACGCACACGCUCAGACUGUUCCACCUGGACGGGCAUGCUGGGAGGUCCGUGGAGGUUUCCAACAUGGUGGACAUCAGGUCAGAGGUCAACCGCGAGCUGGUGAUGCGGCUCGUCAGCGACGUCGCCAACGGCAACCGUUUCUAUACCGACCUCAACAGCUUCCAGAUGCAGCAGCGGAGGACUCUGGAGAAGCUUCCCCUGCAGGCCAACUUCUACCCGAUGAGCUCGGCGGCGUUCCUGCAGGACGCAGCGUCGCGUCUGUCGCUGCUGUCGGCUCAGAGUCAGGGCGUGGCGGCGCUGCAGCCAGGUCAGCUGGAGGUGGUGCUGGACCGCCGGCUGCAGCAGGACGAUAACCGCGGCCUCGGCCAAGGCGUCACCGACAACAAGCUGACCGCCUCGCUGUACCACCUGCUGCUGGAGGAGCGGAGGGGGGGCCAGGUAGUGGGCGGAGCCUCAGUUGAACACCUGUCCCUGCUCGCCCACCUGAGCUCACUCUCCCUCAGCCACCCGCCAAUCACCAUGGUUGCCCCUGGCAACAGCCAGCUGCCAAAGCUCCGCCCCUUCAGGCCGCUCCGCUCCUCGCUGCCGUGUGACGUUCACCUGCUGAACCUGAGGACGCUGGAAGACCCCAAGGAAGCAGACAGUCCAGGACAGGAAGUGGCUCUCCUCCUCCACAGGAAGGGCUUUGACUGUAGCUCCGCCCCUGAGCCGCCGCCGCAGUGCACGUGGAGCGCGCACGAGGAGGUGAACCUGGAUGACCUCCUCUCUCCUCUGCCGCUGCGCUCGGUGCGACGCUCCGGUCUCACUCUGACCGACGAUGAGCCGGAAUCUGCCCGGCAACAGCAGCCGCCACGCAUCACACGCCUUCGACCAAUGGAAAUCAGCGCCUUCCGCGUGGAGAUAGACUAAAGGAGGAGGAGGAGGAGGAGGAGGAGGAGGAGGGAGAGGAGGAGGAGGGAGAGGAGGAGGAGGAGGAGUAGGAGGAGGAGGAGGAGGAGGAGGAGGAGGAGGAAGAGGAGGAGGAGUAGGAGGAGGGGGAGGAGGGAGAGGAGGAGGAGGAGGAGUAGGAGGAGGAAGAGGAAGAGGAAGAGGAGGAGGAGGAAGAGGAGGAAGAGGAGGAGGAGGAAGAGGAGGAGGAGGAGAGUUUCAGGUGUUCUGCUGCUGACAGGAGGAGAAACAGAAGAUUUAAAUUAAAAUGAAGUAAAAAAGAAAAGAAGCCGUCGCCAUGGAGACGCUUUAAACCACUAAACACAACAAGGUCAAAGGUCAAAACACUGACCCAAUGGGAGGAGCUCGAGCCAGGGGUCAAAGGUCAAAGAAAGAAAAAAACACUGAAACUGAACUCGCACAACUACGGCAACACGGAGGGGCCAAACGCUCAGAGUGUGUGUGUGUGUGUGUGUGUAUGUGUGUGUGUGUGUAUGUGUGUGUAUGUGUGUGUCUGUGUGUGUCUGUGUGUGUCUGUGUGUGUCUGUGUGUGUGUUUCCAUGGUGACAAUCAGUUGGUGUAAUCCUGUUACUGCUGUUGAUUUAAUGUAAUUGUAAAUGUGGGACCAGUGUGAUCGAUCAGCUGAUUGGUGGAUGAUCAGCUGAUUGGCGGACGAUCGAUCAGCUGAUUGGCGGACGAUCGAUCAGCUGAUUGGCGGACGAUCGAUCAGCUGAUUGGUGGAUGAUCGAUCAGCUGAUUGGCGGAUGAUGGAUCAGCUGAUUGGUGGAUGAUUGAUCAGCUGAUUGGUGGAUGAUCGAUCAGCUGAUUGGUGGAUGAUCAGCUGAUUGGUGGAUGAUCAGCUGAUUGGUGGAUGAUCAGCUGAUUGGUGGAUGAUCAGCUGAUUGGUGGAUGAUCAGCUGAUUGGUGGAUGAUUGUAAAAUGCACAUAUCGUUGCUGUGAAAGGUUUUUUGGGACUUUUUGAGGAACUUUAAAAUCUUCUGGGUAUUUUUUUAAUUUUAGAAAUUCUUUAUAUUUUCUAUUUUACUGAAAAGUUUAUGAAUUAUUUAAAACAUGAUUUUUAAAAUGAAUUGUUUCUGUUGGUGGAAGUUUCAAAAAUAAAUGAAUAAUUUUCCUCUUUGUGAA